CAAGAGUAGCGCUUGAACGUGUACAAAACAAGAAGCAGGGGUGACUUCAUGCUACGGAAGCAAAAUAAUACGAGGCAGCUGGAGCUUAAAAGUUUAAAUCUUCACGCCAGGAGGAUGCAGGCAGCCCCUAUUCGAAUCCCAACUGGUUCUUGGGAUACACCCAUCUUGGAAGUGCACAGGCAGGAAGAAAAUAAUAACCACAGUAGUAGUAUCCUUACUGAAAGAUCCAGUCAAGGCAACAUAUCAACAAGAAGUCUUCAAGAAGCACCCCAAAAUACGUGGGCACAUGGAACCACCCCAGAGGAGAAGCUUCUGAUAGCGCAAGCUAUGGCUGAAGAGUUUAUUAAAAAUGAAGAGGUCCCAAGAGCCAUGAAUGAGCUGGUACGAUGUGUAGCUUUGGCCAGGCUAGUUUAUGGGGAUGGACACUGGCGACUUGCUGAGUCAAUUGCUAAUGUUGCUCAUGGAUACUUGAAACUUCAGGGACUUCCUGCCCAGGCAAAGCAGCAUGCCGAGUCAGCCAGAGAUAUUAUGCUGGGUGGAGUGGAUUUCCCAGGUCCUGAAAUGGAGAAGAAAGAACUGCUGAACACUCUAAUAACCACAUACUACAGUCUGGGGAUGGCUCACCUCAUCCAGAAAAAUGUGCAGGAAGCUCAUCGUAAUCUGCAGAAAACUGAGAAGAUCAUGGAGGAGUUGCAGCGACUGAACAGAACUGAGGAUCAGUCACAACGAGUCUCAGAAAAAGAUGUAGCAGAGGCUCUGGGCAGGGUUUCCAUUUUACAGAACAAACCAGCCUCUGCUGUGGUGUUUUUUGAAAAAGCUGCUUCUCAUUUGAUUGCCAAUCAAGGGCAGGACAGCCCAGAACUAAUCAAGAUUUACCAGGAAAUGGCAAAAGCUGAGCAGAUGAGAGUCCGACAUGAAGAGGCCAUAGAGCACCUACUUCAGGCUCACUCAAUGGCUGUAGCCCAUUUUAAGAAGGACAGUACUGAAGCAGCUCAAGCAGCAUUAGUACUGGCAACUGGCUAUGUUGCCGCUGGAAAAGAAACAUACAAUAAGGCUGCAGAACAGUAUUUUAAUGAAAGUAUAAGUACAUAUCAGUCUGUGCUGGGUCCAGAAAACCCACAAACUAUGUAUUGUCACGGCUGACCCCGAACCAGUUAUUAUGUGUAGUAAGAAAUUGGAUUCCUUUGCAUGGAGAAUUUCAGUGGCUAGAGUUCACGGCUCCUCGAUUGAUUCAGAUUCAGUUGUAUUAAGUCUGCCCACUAAUAAUGUAGAGCAAAAUAGGUAUUGUGGUGUUUGCAGAGCCGACCCGAGCUGAACCCAAGACAGAAGUGGAGUCCUGCUGGGAACGAGCUGAAACAUUGGACACGGACUGGAUGAUUUAAAAAUGAAAUGUAUUAAUGAGAUGAUAUGUGCUGUAACCAUUUGUAAUGUUUGAAUAAUCUUUAGUCUGUAACAAAUACUGUAAAGUGCUCUCUCUGUAAGACCGAAAAACAGAAUCUGGUACAACUUGAUACACUGGCCGGCCUUGAGCAGUCUCUUAUUAAAAUUGGCACGAUUCCCAGAAUUUAGUGCUGAAAUCUCUGUUAAGACUUUUCAGCUUGAAUACAGAAUAAUGCUGUACUAAUAGAUGUAUGUUAAUAUGUUUGCUUUAAAUGGUAUAGAUUGCUGUGGUAACAUAUAAUCAUAGGUAGUGAUAAUUAUUGUUAGUAUGAAAUACUAUGAACAAUUUUUAUGUAUAAGAUCAUAUGAUUCACUUUGCUUAAUAUGAUAGCAUACCUGAAGCUGUUUUCUAUCAAGAUGAGCAUAGUUAAAAACGGAGUCCUAAUUCAAGGAAAAGAAUUACUGUGUGCUUACAUUCAAGAAUUAUAACUUCUGAAUAUAAAGGGAAAAGGAGUUAGGAGUAUUCUUAAGGGAAAGAGAAAAACAGAAAAGGAUUAAAAGACCUCGCUUUGAGUAGGUUUCUGCUUGUAAUUCAGUUUUAAAAUAAGUAGGUGAGUAAGAACAACCUAGAGUAAAAGCAGACUCUAACUUAAGAAAAUAAGCAUUGUCAGAAGAUACACCACAACUAGAGAGCAGAAAAAUUGAAUAAAAUCCUAUUGUAAUAUUGCGGAUAUACUGCUGCUAGCAGAAAGUAAUAAGGUUAGCAGCCAUACGCUAUAAGAAGUAAUGUACUAGUUUGACUCUGAAGUUAAAAGACGCAGCAUAAAAAGAUGUUGUGUUUAAAAUGCAAAAUAAAAGGAUUGAAUAAAUAAUGAAGAAUAAAAGCAGGAGGUUUUAGGAGAGUAAACUCUAUGUGACCUGUCUUCUUGAACUCUCUAUCAGCCUGCCCUUGGAGAAAUUAAUAUUAGCUGCUGGAAGGCCUCUUUGGUGGGAAGAAGCCGGAAUUUUUUUAUCAGAAGGCUUAUAGUAUCGGGCCGGACUGCAAAAAUAGGGAGUUAGAACGGAUGGUCUUAGCACUUAAGAUAGUUAGUUGUCGGGCGGAACAAGCAUGUAAGAUACAGGUGUAAGGAAAGUUCUAGGGAACAUUAAUCACUAUUAAACUUGGCAAGAAAAGAGGUGUCUUCAGCAAGCUGGUUUUAGCCAGUAUGUGUAUAGCUGAAAAAUACAGGGUCAUCUGGAUGUCAAUUAAGUUCAAGCUACCAGGGGCCCAUAGGAGAAAAACAUUACAGCUUUACAGCUCAGUAAAAUAGUUAGGUUUUCCAUAAGGAGAAAACUCUACAUUAAAAAGAUAUAAGAUGGAAGUUCCCUAUAAUACCUGCUAAACACACACCUGUAAGGAAAGAAUGAAAUUAAUUUGAGAGUGAGAUGACAUGAGGGAAUAUAUUUUUGAAAGCCAAGUUCAUGUAAUCAAUUAUAAUCAUUAUAACUAUAACUGCUAUAUUAUCAUAUAACUAUUGGUGUUGCAUAUAUUCAAAAAACACCACUUUUCUUAUAUUGGUGUUGCAUAUAUUUAAAACACCACUCCUUUUUAUAAUGCACCCAUAUUAAGUAGUGAAUCAAGGUUGCAGGGAUUUUGUGAACUCUGCUUCACCUAACUUUUCAGAUGAAGGAGGGGGGCCAAGAAUGAGUGGAUGAGAACAUGGGCUAGUGUUGAUUUGUUGGCAUAUGACUUUAAUUGAGUCUGAGGAGUUGGUUGAAUUCUUUAGAGAUUACUGUUUGCCAAGAGAUAAGGACUGUCAAUAUAGAUUGAUGACUGGAUCUAAUUGGGGCUUCCCAUUGCUUUCAAUGGGACGAAAAUUGUAUAAAAACCCUGGGCCGAUCACACUGAGACCACCACAAUCAAGCUUGGCAGGGCUAUGUGUGGUCCAUCCUUUGCAGAUCUCUACAGAACAGUCCUUCUCUUUUGUUCACGCUACUCUUCCUUAUAAUGGGAGGUAAGCAUAUUAAUGGUAAUAUUGUUAUCUCGCAUUUAUUGGUUAUAUUGCUAUGAGGUUUUGAAACUAUGUUUUGGUAUUAAGAGUGUUAUAUUGAAUGUGCUAAAACAUAGCAGUGGGUGCUUGUAGGCUUUGUGCUUAACCAGCCUGAGGGCUGCACUGAAUACAUAUAAUUGUAUUAUGUUAUUGAAGUAUUAAAUGCUGAAGCUUGUAAUAAACUUAGGAUUGCUAAUUAUUGUUACAUGUUUUCGGGUUUUGGUAGUAUGCGCAAACUACUAAACCAAUAUUAAAGGCAUUUUAAUAAAACGAAGGAGCGCUGAUGUUGCUCUGAUUCGUGAAACUUUGAAUAAA